GAGGAGGAGGAGGAGGAGGAGGAGGAGAGGGAUGCGAGAGGGUGAGUGGGUGGGCUCGCGCUUCCCAGGUGCUGAGGCGGGAAGCCUUCUCGCCACUCGCCGGUCCAGCCUUUGAGCCUCCAGCGCAGCAUCCCCUCACACCAGACAACUCCAACAGGUGAAAACACUGACAAGUUUCAGCAUUCCAGCAUUAUUUGCUAUUUUCCAUUAUCUGAACAUCAGCCUGGCAGCAUAAAUCCUUGUGAAUAAACAUUCCCGUGAAGAUGAAGCUACAGCCUUUAACCAGUCAUUUUGUUGCAAUCUGUUUCAUAGUCUUCUUGACAGGCCAGAGGGUUUCCAGUGGGGCAGGAUCGCCUGUACGUGAUAUCCAUGGACUCACAGUGUAUGUACGAGAUGAACAGAAAGGAUAUGGGCCAAUUUUUGAAGAACAACCCAUUGAUACAGUCUACCCAGAAGAAUCUCCUGAAGGAAGGGUUACUAUGAAUUGUAGAGCAAGAGGGAUCCCUACUCCAACUUACAAGUGGCAGCGUAAUAACUGGGAUAUUGAUAUUAAAAUGGCAAAGGAGCACCAUAUUAUGGUAGGAGGUAACCUGGAAAUCAAUAAUCCUGAAAAAUCAAGGGAUGAAGGAACAUAUGUUUGUAUAGCAUACAAUGUACAUGGAACUAUAAGGAGCCGAGAAGCAACUCUGAAUUUUGGAUAUCUCUAUCCUUUUACACCUGAAGAGAGACAUCCAGUAAAAGUACGAGAAGGCGUUGGUGCUGUCCUUCUCUGUAACCCGCCACCUCAUUAUCCAGAUGAUUUGAGUUACCGCUGGGUUCUGAAUGAUUUCCCAGAAUUCAUCACCUUGGAUAAACGACGAUAUGUGUCACAGUCAAAUGGUAAUCUCUACAUUGCCAAAGUUGAAGCCUCAGACAAAGGCAACUACUCUUGCUUUGUGACCAGCAAUUCAAUCACUAAGAGUGUAUUCAGCAGUUUUAUUCCACUUAUUCCUCAAGCAGAUCGUACAAAAGGCUAUCUUCCAGAUAUCAGAGUCAAAUUCAAAGACAUAUAUGCACUUUUAGGACAAAAUGUGACACUGGAGUGUUUUGCACUUGGAAACCCUGUUCCUGAGAUUAGAUGGAAUAAAUAUCUGGAACCUAUGCCAACUAGUGCAGAUAUAAGCAUGUCUGGUGCAGUUCUCAGGAUCUAUAAUAUUCAGUUUGAAGAUGAAGGGACUUACGAAUGUGAAGCUGAAAAUCAUAGAGGAAAAGAUAAGCAUUCAGCAAAAGUUUAUGUUCAAGCAUAUCCAGAAUGGGUGGAGCACAUUAAUGACACGGAGAGAGAUUUAGGCAGUGAGUUCCACUGGCCAUGUGUAGCUGCAGCCAAGCCUCUUCCAACAAUCCGAUGGCUGAAAGACGGAAUACCGUACUGGAAGGGAGACUUGAGAUUUUCUAGCCUGAAGAAUGAAGACAGUGGCAUGUAUCAAUGUGUAGCAGAGAAUAUACAUGGAAUGAUUUAUUCAAAUGCUGAGCUAAAAGUUAUCGUUUUAGCUCCGACCUUUGAAUACUACCCAAUGAAGAAAGAAGUUCUGGCUGCUCGAGGAGGUCAAGCUAUAAUUGAGUGCAAGCCCAGAGCAGCUCCCAGGCCAAAACUCACAUGGAUCAAAGGGGCAGAUAUUCUUAAAAACUCGACCCGGAUACGUAUUUGGUAUGAUGGAAGUUUGGAAAUUAUGAAUGUGACAGUAGCAGAUGCGGGCAACUACACCUGUUUUGUAGAAAAUUUCAAAGGAAAAGCAAAUAGUUCUUCUACUCUUUUGACCACAGCUCCUACAAGGAUAAUUCUAGCUCCUACUAAUGUUGAUGUCAUUGUUGGACAAAAUGCCACUAUGCAAUGUCAUGCAUCCCAUGAUCCCUCAUUAGAUUUGACUUUUAUUUGGCUUCUCAAUGGAUAUCCAGUAGAUGUUGAUAGAGAGAGUGAAUAUUAUGAAAGGAGCAUCAUGAUAAAAGAUAAUGGUGAACUACUAGUAAAAAAUGCCCAACUCCGUCAUGCUGGUAGAUAUACAUGUGUUGCUCAGUCAAUUGUUGAUAAUGCAACAGCAUCAGCUGAUUUAGUUGUGAGAGGACCUCCUGGUCCACCGGGAGGACUCAAAAUAGAAGACAUUAGAAAUACAUCUGUAGUACUUACUUGGAGUCGUGGAACAGACAAUCACAGUCCUAUUUCAAAUUACACAAUUCAAUCAAGAACUUUUCUUUCUGAGUACUGGAAAGAUAUGAAAACAGAUCCUCCACUUGUUGAAGGAAAUGUGGAAUCAGCCAAGGUGAUUGAUUUAAUCCCAUGGAUGGAAUACGAAUUCCGAAUAAUGGCUACUAAUAUUUUAGGAACAGGAGAACCAAGUCUUCCAUCACAGAUAAUUCAAACAGAGGGAUCUCCUCCUAAUGUGGCUCCUUCUGAAGUUGGAGGAGGAGGUGGCAGUAAUCGAGAACUAACAAUAACAUGGGUGCCUUUGCCAAGAGAAUAUCAUUUUGGUAAUAAUUUUGGAUAUGUAGUAGCAUUCAAAUCCUUUGAUCAAAAAGAAUGGAAAAGAGUUACAGUUCCUCAACCUGAUAUUGGUCGAUAUGUGCAUAAGGAUGACUCAAUGCCUCCUUCAUCAAGAUACCAAGUGAAAGUGAGAGCAUUUAACAACAAAGGGGAAGGACCAUUUAGCCUUACUGCUAUUAUCCAUUCAGCAGAAGAUGCUCCUUCUGAAAGACCUAGAAAUGUGCAUGUAAAAGUCAGAUCAUCCACUGAAGCUGUUGUUUCCUGGGAGCAUAUUUUCAAUCUAGCUGUCACAGGAUAUGAGAUCCGGUACUGGUCCCACCGUGAAAAGGAAGAUGCUGCAAAUAAAGUACAAGUGAGCAAUUUGAAUUUUUCAGUAAGGCUAGAAAACCUGAAACCUGCCACACAAUACAAUGCAGACGUGAAAGCUUUUAAUACGGCAGGCUUUGGACCUGCCUCUCAAUUAUUGAGCUUCACGACGGAAAAAGCACCUCCAAGGCAGCGACCAAGAAUAGUCAGUGUUGAAAGAAAUGGUUCAAAGUUCCUCAUCAAAUGGGACCACGUUAAAUCACAGUCUAACGAAUCUAUUGUGAAAGGAUAUAAAGUGCUGUACCGACCCGAUGGCCAAUUUAAUGGCACACUGUUUAACACUGGUAAACACUUUAUAGAAGUUCCUGCUCCCCUUACAGGUCAAUACAUUGUUGAAGUUCGAGUACACAGUGAGGGGGGAGAUGGAGAAGUAGCUCAAGUCAAAAUUCCAGGAGCUGCUGUUGGAAUAUCACCUAGUUGUCUUGGUUUAUUGCUGCCUGCCGUUGGUAUCCUUGCUUCCUUGGGAUUCUGAAUGUAGCUGGAUUUUACACAUCCACAAUUUAGUGCAAAGAACCUUUCGACCUGAGAGGAUUUCCGUUCCUUUUUGAUUCCUGUGGCACCAACCUAAGCCAAAUAAAUUACACUUUCAAGCAAAUUAUCCUCCCGACUUAACUACGGACUUCAAAGACUGAGGCAUCCGGGAACUCCUUCAUCAAGCAACUCAACUUUUGAAAGUUUGAGGAAUGAUUUUUAACUUGUUCCAAUUAUGCCUUAUGAAACACUUGUGCUGAUCUGCGACAGUUGCAUGAUUCAGUCCAAUCGGGCAAGUUACAGUGUUAAAACCCAAUAACAUAGGCUGUACAGUAAAAGUAAAACCACCACACAUAGGUGCUUUAACUUUAAUAACAAAUUGUGAAAACAUAAUAGAGAUUGAAAUGUUGAUUGUAUGUGGUAUAUGUAGGAGUAACUACGUCUGUCCGUACUAUCCUAUAUGUUUUGUGUACUGCAUAUUUUUGAAUGGCCCCUGUCAUUUAUGACAUUCCAGAUUUUUAGAGAUACAGUCAAAGCAAACACAUUGCUCCCAUUUUUUUUUGCAGCUUUUCUUCUUGAAGUGACUAAAUUGUGGGUUGAGAACACUGGAAUCCAAGUUCAUUCACAAUGGCUCUUAUUUCAGAUGGGUUUGGAGCUGUUCUACAAAUACUAACCGUAAAGGAUUUUCCAGCACCUUAAUUAUAAUGCCAUAGAGUAAUUCAAGAUGUAAUUUUACAAAAUAAUGCUAGUCAAGCCAAGUGUAAUUUUUCUCAGUCACAGAGAUGUUUGUUUUGCUGUAAAAAAAUAUUAAUAGCUAUAUAAGCAAAUUUAUUUCAGAUAUGCAGGGUAUCCAAGUAUUAUUGCCAUAUUUGAGUAAUUCUACUUCAAUCAUAAAGUACAAGAUUUAAAUUCUAAGAUUAUAAAUAGUCAUUAUAAUGGCACAGUGAAAUUUGAAAAAUGAUUCCACGUUAGGGUCAAUUUAAAAAUGGAUAGAGUAUUUAAAGUAGUGUGAAUCGUCUAUGGUAACAACAAAUGGGUUAUGCAGUAAAGAAGAAAGACAAAUGUAGCACAUAGCAAAAACUAUCCUGAGUGUUAUUUUUUUGUGACACAUAUAUUGCCUUACUUUAGUGAAGGCCAACCAUUAGGAGAAUGAUUUGCAUUUUCCAAUAAAUUAAUAUUGUUCUACUUCCUAGAGCUGUAAAUAAGAGUUGUAAAGUUCUAAUAUGAUUUCUCCCUUUUUAAAAAACCCCCCAAAAGAUAGAAAAGAUGUUACUGAAAUUCAGAAAGAUCUCAACUGUUCUGCCUGCUUUUAUGUUUUAGUUAAGCUUUCAACACUGGGAUUCCCACAGGAGAUACAGAAUGUCUUUGUUCUGACUGUUUCUAUGCUGUAUUUAAAGUUAUUAAAAAAAGAAAUACCAAUUUCUUUCGGAUUCCAUGGUGUGCUGGGAGUUUGGUGUGAAUGUGAGGGUGGAAACGCACCACUCAAUUGAUAUUGAAUCAGAUGACUUCAGUAAUAGUGCAAUGUCUGAUGCUUCAAGAAGUAUAAGCUUUUGAAUCAUUUUAUUAGCACAGCCUUGCUAGCUGCUUUAGAUAUAGAACUGAACUUUUUAGGACUGAUACUGUAGCCGCCCAUGAUAAUACUGUCUUCGUGAAGCCAGAACAGACCUUGUCAAUACUUUACACCCUUUCUUUGAUUUGUAUAAUUUUUGUACUAUAAAUUUACAUUUUAAAAGUCUAGAUUUGUCAUGAAAAAUAUCAAAAAUACUGUUUUACUUUGAUUUUGACUCUUUGUUACAAGUUGAAACUUUUUUAAACAGUAAGAGAAAAUUAUAAUUUCCGUGUUGAAGAAUGUCCAAAGCUAUAUGAGCACUACUGAGUUUCAUAAAUUCUGUACUACUUUGAAAGAAACGAAGAUGUCUUCAUGCAAGAGAAACUAAUCCUUUGGAAACUGUUUUGAUUUGGUUUAGGUUUUUAUGCAGUGUAAUUCAUUUUUAUAUAACCUACAAUACAACUAAAAAGAAAUUUGCCAAAAUGCAUGACUGCCUUUAAUUUUCUAACACAUAAUAUAAGGAACAAGACCAGACCGUUUUUGCAUGAAGACAAUUUGGAAGGUCAAAGCACACUUAUUUAAUUUCAUCUGCAACACAAAGUUUUCAUCAGCCAUACUAAUCAGCUAAUCCCUGGGUUACAUUGUUGCACACGAUUGCUCAAAUUUUAUUGGGGUAUUCACUCCUCAACAGUUGUCAGCACAACUAAAUAUACAUUGUAUCAUCUGCUUUACAAUGCAAGGUUCUUAAUUAAAGUUUCUAUAGAUAGACAAA